AUGGAGAUGUCGCCGAACAAUUCUCCUUACCCUCUAUCCUCUUCCUCAUCACGGCAGUCUCUUCGCAAGGACGCCUCCAGACCAGGAACCGCCUCGGCGCGGCCAGGUGAUCCCCACUCCAGAGGGCAACCGCCAGAGCCGCGAUCUACAGACGAAAGCCAUCAAUCACCAGUAACAGUCGCAUCUCCUUACCAAGAUGCAACCGUGAAUGAAAUCGAAGACCAUCCAGAAGAAGGCCAAGACCACCAUUCAUCCCACCCUGCAUUCCAGCCCUUCUUUACCUUGAUCGAAGACGCCCACACCUCCGAUUACCACCACCCAACGGUACACUACAUAUUCUCCGACGAUGACAGCGAUAUCGUGACGGAAGCAGCACUGCGCAGCUUAUCUGCACAACAAGAAGCCCUCUCCGAUUCCAAAAAGGACCAGAUCGCGCACAUCCACACCUCUCCCCAAGAUGAGAUCAAAGACCCCUCCGAUUCGGUCCCGGCCAAGACAAGUCUCCUUCCACCUCCAGUGCCAGGUGUACGGGAGAAUUAUAUCAUUCUUGACGUAGAGCCCUCCCCGGUCUCAGAGGCACAGGACCCGUUUCCCGAACAACUCGCACCAGGCAAAGGCGACACAAAGUCUUUAUCCUCUUCACCGGCAAACCAGUCCGCCAUACCGCACGAAGGCCAGCCUCAGUACCGCGUGACCGCAGCGCAGAGUUUCUCGUCCACAUGGCAAGUCCUCAAUACGGAGAUCGUGCCAGCACCGACAUUCGAGAAUAGCAAUCCCGGCGAGUCACCGGCUCAUGGAUUGAUGUUGAAGAUUCGUGGAACUGCCGGUCUGCCCGACCAGAAGGGGAAAGACGGGGAGGGCAGAGGACAGAGACUAGAGGAAAUGAUGGACCAGUUCGCCAAACGGAUGAGUGAGUUGCAGGCAGUGAUUGAUGCAGCGGAGGCAGCGGGUCCCAAAGCGCAUGCGGAGGCAGAAGAAGAACAUCAUGUUCCUCCUGAUGUGGUCGAUGAAACCGCCCAAGGGGAGGAAGAUCCCAGCACAGGAGUGGAGCAGUUGUGA